GCGAUACUUGUGCCUUUGUCAGUUACAGUGUGCGUGUCUGUCACCAAGCUCCGGUAUGCCGUCAGUGUACUCCAGCACAGCCUGAAUGUAGGCUCUUCAUGCGUGCUAUAAGAGACGACAAGGUUUCCAACGUGUGCCUCGCUAACUCGCUCUCUUUCGUUGUCAUCGCUCGCUAUCACACACCGACUUGUCCUCUACGAUGCCUUUUGGAGUCGGCAGUAUCAAUGCUAUCCGUACGUUGUUCUAUGUCUUGCUGUUCAUGUUCUCCGCCGUCAUGAUUGGCUUGACGGCGGCACGACUUGAAUAUACAACCCACCUUCCUCCGUACGAUCCAUUGAACCACGGUCGUAGCUUCUACGACCCCAUCGUCGCCGAAUUGCUCGCUUCAUCAUGUCUCUCGCUCCUGUGGUCCCUCUUCGCGCUGCACAUUCUCUGGCCAGGCCGAAUGUUUGAGUACGGCGUCUUCUCGAGCUUCCUCGGAGAGAUGAUUGGGCUCUUCGUCCUCUUCAUCCUCUGGCUCGUCGGCGCUGCCAUAUCCUCUACAUUCUGGGCCCAGCUCGGCUGGUGCCACGAGUACCGGGCGUGCCGCAUCCUCACGGCACUCGUUGCGUUCGCGUGGAUCGGCUGGGCCACGAUCCUCUUCCUGCUGUUCAUCACCAUCCUCUUCGCCGUCCUCAACCGUGCCCUGUUCUGGCAGAUGCAUGGGCGCUACGAUCCACGUGCGAGUCGCAACGUCAAGGGCCGUGCUUGAGUAGAGCCUGUGUUGGCAAGGUCCAGACAUAGGUUCGGUGACAUGUAGCUUUCCGAAUGUGCGUCGUGCACGAACCGACGUCUCGAUGAACGGAAAUGAUCUGACAGGGCUGUGGAUAUAGCAUGACGCGCGUCUGUUCGUUCAAAUAUCUAUUCGCGAUCGCAAUGUAUGGUACUCCCGUUCAGGCAAUAUAUAAUACUCUGACAGCAAAC